AUGGGGCUAAACAAUAAUACUAAGAAAUCAUCAUCGUCAACUUUUCUCACCCCUUUUCGUUUAGGACGAAGGAAGAAAGUGGAUUUAGGAACGACUAUUCACCCGCUCGCGCAAGGGAAGAGAAUAUGGGACGCUUUCUUAGCCGUAGCCGUGAUAUACAACGCCAUUUUCUGUCCUUUUCACUUGGCGUUUAACGUUAAAAUGAGUUCGUUUCACGAGUUGAUGUAUCGAGUCGUAGACGUGGUCUUUAUCGUCGAUAUAUUCGUGAAUUUCAACACUGGAUUUUACGAUACCGGGAACAACUUAGUCAUGGAUAGACAACGAAUAUCCGAUCGAUACAUCACGAGCUGGUUCUCGAUUGAUGUCAUAUCUUCAAUUCCUUUAGAUUUAGUCUUUAGAGAAUCUUCAUUGACGGAUAGCGUGUCCGCUUUACGGUUGACGAAGCUGUUGCGUAUGUUUAAACUGAUGAAGAUGGCGUCGGUGUUACGAGUGCACCGGAUUCACCGAGCGUUUUACAAUCGAUGGGACGGAAUGCCACAAAUUCGAUACGCUUUGUUGGAUAUCGUUGGGUACGUGUUGUUAACGUUUGUGUACGCGCACUGGUUCGCCUGCGUGUUCUUCUUCGUCGUGAAAAUAGACGGGGUGGAAGACCACGCCUGGUUCGAAGUCGCCAAACAGAAAGGGAUAUGGGAUGGCGAAUUGAUGAGCGAUCCAUACACGGAAUACUCUCUAUCCUUGUAUCACGCGGUUAUGGUCAUGUUUACCAUCGAUAUGAACUUCAAACCAGAAUCGAAUUUAGAACGCUGGACGACGUUGUUCUUCGCGUGUACUGGAGCAGUCGUCGUUUUGUUCUCGCUCACGUCGGCGACGAAUAUUUACCACGACACGUUUGGCCGACAAACGAGGCUGUAUAAGAGUCGAAUCGACCAUGUGAAUGAAUUCAUCAAACGGAAAAAGUUACCGGAUCAGUUAUCGAAUGAUCUAAUUGAUUUUUACGAACAUUUAAGAAACAGAGACCAUUUCUCUAAACUGACUGCAGAUAACGCGAUUUUAGAGGAAGUGCCAAAGUCGUUGAAAGGAGAAAUUUUGCUGAAAAUAAAUCCGAGCGUGACAAACGGAGAGUUGUUAAAAGGGUGUUCGAAUUCUUUGAAAGUAGCAAUAUUAAAACAGUUAGAGAUGAAACAUUUAGCGCCGGGAGAGGUUUUUAUUCGAUACAACGAAACGGCGAGGAAUUUAUACUUCAUCUCCGAAGGUGAAGUCGAGUGUUGGGAAGGCGACGAGUUAGGAUUGGAGAAGAGAGGCGAAGCGGUGAUUUUGACCCGGGGAGAUUACAUCGGCGAAGCGUCUUUGAGUGGAUUAGGAAGACGUACGAUUGGAGGUCAAUCGAAAGUUUCGGCCACGGCUUUAUGCUUUUGUGAAGUGCUAGUGUUGAGCCGAGAAAGGGCGAAGAAAUUGUUGGAAAACUUACCAUCCGUGGUAAGAAGAGAGUUUGAAGAUUUAGAGGAGGAGGAGGAGGACAAGGAAGUAUUACGGCCCAAGAAUACGAACGAGUGA